AUGCCGCCUGUCACGAGGUCUCGCCGUGCCAGCACCAGGAGCUACAUCUCUCAGUUCACGCCCCAGUCGUCCCAGCCAGUGGUGGACAUCUCCGACAACGAGACUGUCCCCAUGGAUGAAGAGGACCCAGCGAUGGUGACAGAGGUGGAUGAUGAUGAUGAGAACUGGAUGGACUCCCCUGUAGCAGCUGCACCUGUUCCACCUCCACCCACUGCACCUGCUCCACCCACUGCACCUGCGCCACCAGCUGUUCCAGUGGCACCUGCUGCACCUGCACCACCAGCUCCACCAGUUGCACCUGCUGCCCCUGCUGUACCAGAGGUAGUGCCUCCAGCUGGUCCUGAGGAAGAAAACCCAGGAUGGACUACCACCAUCCACUACAAGUAUCCUUCAAUGACAGCCUACUUCCACAACUUGCUUAGGGAGAUGCUGGAUACUUACUAUGCCGAUAAGGAGAUUGGCAUUAGGUACUGCUGUGCGGAGUACACACACCCCUAUGAGGCCACCUACUGGAGGUCAGAUCUUACCAUCACAGUGGGGAAUGAGGCACAUGACAGCUAUAUGGUAGAGAGCAUCCAUGGUCACGUUGCUAGGCGAGCUGAGGCACAGGACAGUAUGGAGGACGCCGCCCAGAUGGCUUACACUCACUACCAUGGCCUUCGCUACGAGGCCAUGAGAGCUGACCAGUACAAGUUUCUCCCUCGCCAUGAUUCUACUAUUGGUACUUGGUCUAUCGAGAACCCGCAGGAGGUUGACACGCCAUUGGAUGCAACUGUUAGGCAUAUGCAUGUCCUGCAGAUGGCCAAUGAUGACCUACAGGAGGAGCUACGUGAUCAGCAGGAUUCCAUAGAUCGCUUCCAGGAGAUGGUGGACAGCCUUAGAGAGCAGCUUGAGUUGCCACCGCUCUACAAGAAGAAGACCGCACCUCCUAGCAUCUCCGGCGACGCACCAUAG